AUGCAUGCCUUCGACUUGGCAUUUGUAACGCAGCAGUCGGCAAAGCCCCGCGCGCCAGCCUGCGAUGCGAAAGCUGCCGGGUACAGCUGCGAUCCCUUCGACAGGCCUGCAGCACGCACGCGCCAGCCAAGCGAUGAGGUCUUCGACCGAGGUGGCCAGCGUCUGUGCCUGCGCCCUCCGCAGUGUGCUGGAGAUGGAGAGCUUGAGUUGGAGGCCAAAGGCAUUCCGCGCAGGAGGCUUCAGCAUCUUGCAGCCGCGUGCGACAUCAGUGAGGAGCUGGAGCUCUUGGAGGAGGAGCCUCUGGAAGCCUUGCGCUUGGAGUGCGCGAUGCGGGAGCUUCCCUUCGUCGUCCUCCGGGACAGGCGCGAGCUAGCCAUUUGCCUAUUGGCCAUCGCAUUGUGGGAUGCGCUGCCUCAUUCGGAGCUCGUGCGCGAGGCGAGACACUGGGGAGUGUCCUCGGUCGGCGAUGCAGAAGGUGUCAUCGCGCAGCUGGUCGAUGCCCUGUGGACCUCCUUGGCCGAGGCUCUGCGCGCCCACAGCGGCGAGCAAGCAUGUCUUACGGUUUGUUAA